ACACGUACCUGGAGGGGGCCCCUGCCGUUUGGGGGCCCGGGGCGGCCGCCCCGUUCGCCCCCCUCAGGGCCGGCCCUGCCCACAGCCUGAACCACCCGGGCCGUGGCCGACCACACGACCAGAUCUACAACCAACUCAGCGGCGACUCCGCCGCUGCCCCGACCUCACGACGGCGGCCGCGACUGUCUCGCCGAAGCUCCUCUACCAAAGGUACGAAAUGGCUGGGUCAGUUAGCUCCGAUGAUUUUUGCACCCCCGGCGGCCGCCGAACUGAACCAACACCGGCGAAAUCAUCAGAUAGCAGGCGAACUAGUGCGUCAGGCAGCCGAUCUGAUGCAAUUCCACCUAAUUUCACUUCUAGGAGCUCUGCACGUUGUCACUAUUAACGACAGUUUCAGUGAAUACAAGCGGCGGCUAGUAAAAGAGAUAGGAUUCGGGGGGUGCUAGAGCUGCCAAUGAUCCAGAAGUUAAAACUCAAGCUUAGUGCUUGGGCAAUGAGCAAGGUCGAUGUCACCCAACGUGCAUUUGUUAUUAAUCCAAAGAUAAUUCUCCCGUUCAAGCCAGCGGAUGUGGCCAAGGUCUUCGAGAUCCCAUGCGGCAACAGGGAUGUGCGUGGACCGGAUGGCAACAUCAACGAAGAGUCUGUUUCAUUUAUAAAAAAGACCCUAGGCAUGGACCAGUCCGCAGCACACAGCUUGCGCGUUGCGGAGGAGUUCUUGAUGCGGAACAUAACUGAAGAAUCAAGCAAGUUGGAGAAAGACUGUUUUCUGAUAGCGUUCGUGAUCUUUGUAAUGGGUCAUCUCCUAGAUCCUUCGUCGAAACAUGACUACAAGAGCAUCAAUUCCUGGGGCGCCAUUGCUAAUACCGAAGAGAUAGCCCAGUUCAAUUGGUGCGAGUAUGUGUUGCAAGCCUUGCUUGAUGCGGUCACAAAACUGAAGGUUGAUAUGGAUAAUGGCGUCACGACAGCAAACCUUACUGGAUGCCAUCUUUUCCUUCAGGUGUUCCUUCUUGAUAACCUUGACUUGGGGAUAUUCAACCUGAAACAUGAUGUUUUCCCUUGGGUCAAAAUGUUCGACCAGGACACCUUGCGGCGCAUGACUAUAAUGGCGUCCGACGCUGGAGUACCUGAGCCGUCGUUCGCGUCAUCAAUGUUGAGAGAUGCAGCGACCGUAUGCUACUCCCAGAGCGUUCAGACUGACAAGCCCCGCACCGACAACCCGCCAUUGUCUCGAACCUGGUCCCCUCUCCCGCCAUGCGCGCACCGGCACCUCCCUUACUGUACCGAAGGACAGUGUAGUCAAUCGCCCAUCUCCAAUGGUCGCAGUUGCCAAGAAGACCACGCCCCCAAGGCAAAUGACCGCUGUUGACUACUCGAACUAUAUCACAAAUCGAUACCCAACUAUGUCAUCCCAAACGAUAGCGGUUCUUCUCCGUGAACAGAAUGCACGGGCGGUGCGCCAUCUUACCACGGCUUCUGGAUGCACAUGCUGCACUGCUAGGGGUUUUUCUGAUUGCCCUGUUAGACCGCAGACGCUAGACGAGGAAAGCGCAUCAUGCCGCGAAAAACGCAAGUUUGCUCUUCCUGGAGCCACGCACAGUGCACAAGCUUCAUACCACACUCCAAAGUAUCGCAAACUUAGCGGUCUCAAGUUGGACCUCUCCGACUGCGAAGUUGAAAGUCCACCACAGAGAAGCGGCGUGCGAAAAGGCAGCAUGCAAACCGAGCCAACACGCAAACCCGGCCAUCAUGUGGCCACAUCAAGCCACAACAAGGACAAACAUCAUGGAAGAAGCGACGCCAUAUGCAACGCCAUACAACAGUAUGCCAUAUGCAUAGCUGAAGCAGUUAAGGACAUAUACGUCGAUAGUAUUCAAGAAAACCAGACAGGCGUUUUCUUUUCCAUCUCCACCGCCGAGCUACCCAAACGGAAAUACGUAUCAUCAAGGAGCUAUGCAGGGAAUCCAUGGUUUAAAGGUCGCCCAGUCGUGCCUCCUAAAACUGAUAUAGCCGACUUGCUGGAAGCCUAUCUGCCAUCGCUGCCCGACAAUCAGCUGGCACAAAACUGGAUAGUUCAUGGUACCCCCCGGGAGAUUAGAAUCAGAGGUGUCGAAAUCCAACUACAGAUCAUCAGCAAUAGCAUGCUCAAUCACGAGCUUGGUUCCAUCCUUAUACAUCAACUAAUGCAGAUGGACAGUGAAGCUAAUUUGGAUACACCUUGCCUAACACACCGCCACAUCCUCGAAUGUGAUUUCUCGAUACGAAUGCACCAUGCUAGCAAUGUCUUCGGUUCAUUUCUCAUUUCUCUGCGCAGCCCAUUUUGUUUCGCCACCUGCAUUAAUCAUAAUGGCCUCCUCAAUUGUUUUAAUUGUUCCUUCUUUGCAGACCUUAGCCCUUGCCGAAAAUUCAAGUAUUUCUAGGUUUUUAGAGAUCUAGAAUCAGUUUAUUGGUCCGGUUGUGCAGCACGCAGUAGAGGCAUGCCAACUAGUAAUGUUUUUUACCCCACCAAUACUUUUGAGCAAACCCUUUCUCCCCCUGUGACACAAAUGGCACGACUAGAGCUCACAAAUUGUGUCUCCGAAAACAAAAAAACUUUAGUUUUACAUCCCAGCAAUACUUCGAGAGGGGUGGGCUCUCUACAUGUGGGACAUGCUCCAAAGGGUGAUCCACAUCAUCGCUCCCUCUGUUGGUGGCGGGGUAUGGAAUGCUGAGCAGAAGGAGCGGCACGAGCUCAUAGCGUCCCGGCUCCAUGAUGCUUUGUUCCAAUGCUUGGAAGACUUCUUCGCAGUGUGGCCUACGCCAAAAGAAAAUUGGUCAACUAAGUUUCCUCAACUCUUUGACACUGCAUUCACUAGGGAGGAAACCGGGUACUGUGUUAUGCAUACCAUCAGGACACCCUUAAGACCACUAAGCUAUGUGCGCUGCAAGAUGCAAUGAAGCUGCAGGGGAACCAAUCUUCACUCCCAGCUGACGCAAUAUGGCAGAAUGCAAUGUCCUCAUCAUGCAGGGCAACCUCGUCAUCACUUUCAGCAGCAAUACUUGGAACAAGGGCUGGCAGCGCCAUCGUCGAUGCAAUGGCAACGCUGCUUGCACACGCAUCAGCUUGAUCAGCUGGGUUGACAAAGCGUGUAGCCUCUACGCCAACCCACGCCUUUGCACUCCAAGGAAUAUGAAAACGGCUAUCGCCUGCCUCCCCACCAGCAAUCGCAACUGCAAGCAAACGUCAACCCCAAUCAAAUUCAUGGUCAUGCACUCUACAGCCUACAUUCCAGAAAUUCAAAGAAUGGAGCUCCUCGGUUGCGGAAUCAUUUACCUGAUCCAGAUGGUUCUCUGCGAGAAGAUCCAGCACCAGAACCUACAUCAGUGCCAACAAAUAUGUCUUUGUAUCCGUUGCUUAAUGGUACGAUUGAUAAAGGUCACUGGGCUGCACUUAUGCAAGGGGGCAAGAACUUAGACGUUUUGGUCACUCGCACCCCGAAGACUAACUGGAUGAUACACCCUUCAUGGGUUGAUAGGUUAAGUUGGGCUGGACUUCUACCCUUGGCACGGCUGGUUGAGGGUAUGUUGGAAGAGUGGGUUGACCAUCCGAACUUGGAUGAGGCAGGUGAACCAAUGCAGUUGAAAAAGAGGCAAGUGAAACGAUUCUCUUACGACAGGUCACUCCUUACUUGCUUAGUAGAUAGAUGGAGACCAGAGACACACACCUUUCACUUUCCUUGGGGAGAGAUGGCGCCUACUUUACAGGAUGUCUCCUACUUGUUGGGAUUACCUUUGGCCGGUGAUGCCAUAGGUCCUUUAGAGGCAGAACCUGGCUGGCUUGCAAAUAUGCAGGCCCGUUUUCUAGCUGCGGUGCCAACUGCUACGGGCUUAAACGAUGAUCCUCACGGGCCACGUUUUAGGUGGUUGAGCCAGUUUCAGAUUGUCUCAUUAGGAUACCCCGCAGUAGAUUUGUCAGACGCACAGAUUGAUCGAUCCCUAUAGGCAUAUAUUCUAUGGUUGUUCGGCAAAACGAUGUUCACGGAGAACCAUGUGACCACUGUUGAUGCACGAUUCAUCGGUAUUGCACGAGAGAUAGCUGACGCACGUUGCCCUGCGGAUAUUGUCCAGAGGAGUUUUGGUUCUGCCGUGUUAGCAGCUACGUAUAGAGGCUUGUGCAAAGGUUGCUUAUUGAAGUCUAGAAAGUCAGGUCUGGUUGGAUGUCCACUAUUGUUGCAGCUCUGGUCUUACGAGAGAUUCCCUAUUGGACGACCCUAUGUCUCCAUUGACACACCGUUUGGGUUGGAGGACAUGGCAGGGGCUUACGUGCCUGCUAUCGGCGACUUGCCUACUAUGGGAUCUGUUUGGGCACGGAGAGAGAGACAGUUUGCACAUACCCAGGUGAAGGGCUGCUACCCGUUCUUCACGGUGCAGUUUGAUAGUUUGCACGAGGAUCAAGUUAUCUGGGAGCCCUACUUGUAUCAGACUAUAACAUCUAGGUAUCCAGUUGGGAUCUCUGCCUUAUGCACUAGAGAUCGGCACUACUGGAUGACCAAGGCAAAGUUGGUGUUCGACGUGACGGUUGAGGAGAUGGCUCUUCAUAGGGUGAUGAGACAGUUUGGUCUAUGUCAAGAGCCUGCAAUUCCAGAUAUUCCAUGGAUACCAGACCACGUUCACAAGUACAGUCGCGUAGGAGGAAACAAGUCCAUGGCUGUUUGGCUUCAGAGCAUUAGCCCUUACGUUCAAGAAUGGACUAUGGCACCGACAAAUAUCUGGAAUGAGGUUGGACCCUUUGACUGGGACAAGUUUGGGUUGUAUUUACAAACUUACCGGCAUACAACGAGGAUCUACUUGGUUCCAUCAGCUGCUCCUGAUCAGAUUAAAGCCCCUCUGACCAGCGAUAUGUACCCAACUACCUCUGUUGUGGGAACGAGACACCACGCGAGUGACUUGACAGUCCAGGCGCGAGAGGAGGUUUCCGCUUUAAUGCGGCAGGUUGAGAGGGGGGAUACUAUCCCACAGCCAGAGCAUCUCUCAUGGUUGAGGCGUAUGGAUGAGAAGUUAAGAGGGAUUUACGCAUCACUUACAUGUAGACGAUCUACGGAUGUUGUCAUUCCUCGUCCCGCACAUCGGCCCCCACGUCCCUCUGUCCAUCGUUCAGAACCACGACACUCUGUGCAGCGUUCAGAACCACGACACUCCGUGCAGCAACCACGCCUCUCUGUGCAUCAACCAUCUCCUUCACAACUAGGGAGCUCUUCCUGGAAUUAGCCAUCGCCUUCUCAACCAGGCACCUCUUCCUGGUCUCAUCAAAUGGAACUAGGCAACCAGUCGCGACAGUUCAUGCAUUCAGUGCAAUCACCGAUACUUAGUGGUGCUGGAUGUGGAUUAGAGGGCUAUGGCGAUGACGAUGACCAAGCUGAAAACAUUUAUGACUUCUCGCACACGGUGUUUCACACUCCACCACCACCACCGUCGCAGGAGACACAGACAGUGAUAGACGAGGUUAUCUAUGGUCGUGGUUUUUGUGAGCAUCGUCCACCGCCUCAGCGCUUAUCGCCUUCCGGCCCUCGCCCGAGGAAGACCCAGAUUCGUCGUCGACCCCCGCAGUGAUAUGAUUAUCUAUGUAUGAGUCAUUAUCUAUGUUAGUUUCAGACUAUUCGCAUACGUGAGUCAGUAUUUAUGUAUGAGACAUGCUUCAUGUAUGUGUUACUAUUGCACUUGCUUCUAUCUGAUAAGGAGACAUAUAUCGUUUUAUGUAUGCGAGAGACAUAUUACUAUUAAUUCGCAUUGUUAUUCCAG